CCAAGCCAAGGAGCAGUGCUAUCGUUGGAUUCAAUGGGACAAGGACGCAGCACAUGGCAAACCCAUCGGCCAUCGUGAUAGCGGCGCGGGCGUGCGGUGUUGACGGCAGCGCACGCACGGCGAGUCGGCGGCGAGGCGAGCUCGUGCGUGACGUCUUGCCUUGACGUCAGCCAAGCCACCACCACCACCCCACGAGACGAGAGGAGAGGCGGAGGCCAGUAGGCCAUGUGAGCGAGCUUGUGUGUUGGCCCCCCACUAGGAGGAAGGAGGCGAGGCGCGCAAUUUCUGGGGAGCUGCUACUAGUCCCCCGAUCCGCGAGGGAGGCGAUCGGAUCCCUGGAGAUGGCGACGGCGGCGGAGGAGGCGGUGGCGGUGGCGCAGGCUGAGGAGCCCGCCCCUGCCUCGGCGCCGGCGAGGCCUUCCGCGCAGGCCGAGAAGCGCGCGCCAGCAGACGAGGAGGAGGAGGAGGAGGAGGAGCCGCAGCCGGAGCCGAAGCGGCGGCGCGCGUGCGUGGCGGCGCUCGAGGGCGUGCAACGCGCGUCCGCGGAGGCGGGCGGCGGCAGCGAAGAGGGCGACGCCGCCGGCGCGGGCGGCGGGCGCGACGGAGGGUCGUCGCCGUUCAGGUUCUCGUUCCACGCGCGCAGCUUCUCCGGGGUGGAGACGACGCCCAGAUUCGGGUCCUUCAACCCCGCCGACGACCUCGCGGUCUUCCAGCCGAAGCCUCCCGCUCCUCCGGUGGACGCUCCGUCGAAGGAUGUGGUGGAGGUAGCCGCCGGCGACGGCGAUGGGGACGAAACAACAGCUGAGGAGGAGGGCAGCGACGGGAAUUCACACUUGCUUGGAUUGUACCCAAGCGAAGCAAAGCCAAUCGAGUGACUUUGGCUUUGACUCGGUGCGACUUCGCUUCAUCGUUUCACGCUGUAAUCGUAAUUUGAUAGGGGUUUGUUUUUUUUUAUCUAUAUAAAAAGCUUUGUUUUGUAUCUCAUCAUAUGAUUCAUAUUAGUGUUGUGUUGUACAAUUCGUAAUUCGUUCAUCAUGACAAGAUUAGCAAAUAAAAGUGAUUUUUUUG